AGAAGAAAAAAAAAGAAGAAGACAGCUCUGUUCUUGAAUUCUUGAAUCAAUCAAUCAAGCUGCUAGGGAGGUGGCUGAACAAAACCCUUAUCCCAAUUUCCCCCGAAUAUGCCAUUUCUGAGGAUUGUGAGACUCCUCUUACCUGGGAUCAUAGUGUUGAUUAGAAGGUCGUUACUUUGGUUACUGUAGAUGCAUAUCCGUGAAUAUAUUCCUUCUUGGAUCUACCAGUUACUUGGUUGCAUGGGAGGUUGUUUUGGAUGCUGCAAUAAACCACCGCUUAUAGUUGCAGUGGAUGAGCCGUCUAAAGGGUUAAGGAUUCAAGGUCGUUUAAUCAAGAAGCCAAGCGUAUCAGACGAUUUCUGGAGCACAAGCACAUGCGAGAUGGAUAACAACAGUACAAUGCAGUCACAGAGAAGCGUGUCCUCUAUCAGCUUCACUAACAACACUGCUACUACUGCUGCAAGUAGUAGCAACCCCAAUGAAUUUGUAAACAACGGAUUGAACCUGUGGUUACAAACUAGACAACAGUGGCUUGCAAGUGGAUCUUCUCAAACAAAGGCCAAAGUUCGAGAACCUACAAUAAGCUGGAAUGCAACAUAUGAGAGCUUGUUGGGUAUGAAUAAGCGGUUCUCUCGUCCAAUACCUCUCCCUGAAAUGGUGGAUUUUCUGGUGGAUGUGUGGGAGCAAGAAGGCUUGUAUGAUUGA